AUGUUCCAGACACUGGCAUUUGCCUGCAAAGCCUUGUUUCCUCUCAGGGUCCCUCUCUCAGUAAGGAUGAGCAGCACUGGAGUAGACAAGAAAGGCAUUUUGACUGAUAAAGUGGCUUUGAUCACCGGUUCCACCCAGGGCAUUGGCUUUGCUAUUGCACAACGGUUGGCCCGGGAUGGGGCCCACGUGGUGGUGAGCAGUCGCAAGCAGCAGAAAGUUGAUUGGGCCAUGGCGAAACUGAAGGAAGAAGGACUGAGUGUGAGCGGCAUGGUGUGCCAUGCAGGGAAAGCAGAGGACCGAGAUAGGCUAGUGACUAUGGUUGUAGAACAAUAUGGAGGUGUUGACUUUGUAGUUUGCGUUGCUGGAGUUAAUCCUUUAGUAGGGAGCACUCUGGGAGCCAGUGAGCAGGUGUGGAACAAGAUUCUGGAUGUGAAUGUGAAGUCUCCAGCCCUGCUUCUCGGCCAACUGUUGCCUCAUAUGGAGAAAAGGGGGGAAUGUUCUGUGAUCUUGGUAUCAUCAGUUUCAGCCUACAUUCCAGUUCCAAAAUUGGGCCCCUACAACAUCAGUAAAACUGCCUUGCUGGGCCUCACUAAGACACUGGCUGUGGAGCUGGCCCCGAAGGGCAUCCGGGUGAACUGUCUGGUUCCAGGUUUUAUCAACACUGACUUCUCCAAAGUGCUGCAUGAAGAAGAAAACUGGGUAGAGCCAGCUAAGAAACUAUUUGGAAUGCAGAGGACUGGACAACCAGAAGACUGUGUGGGGAUUGUGUCUUUCCUGUGUUCUCCAGAUUCCAGCUUCAUCACUGGACAGAACAUUGUAGUAGCUGGCUUCUCCCCCAACAUAUAAGGCAGCCUGUCAAGGAACAUGAAGCUAUAACUCUGGGUGUUAAAUAGUACAUGUGAUCCUAGAAACUGGACAGAAGUUGAGUAAGGGUAGAAGAGAAUA